UUGAUCCAAGCUGGAACCCAGCCACAGAUGCUCAGGCUGUCGACAGAGUGUUCCGAAUAGGUCAGGACAAGAAUGUUGUCAUAUAUCGACUUAUUACAUGCGGAACUGUUGAAGAGAAAAUAUACAGACGUCAAAUCUUCAAAGAUUCAAUAACUAGACAAACAACAGGGAAUGCUAAAAACCCUUACAGAUAUUUCAGUAAAUAUGAACUUAAAGAGCUGUUUACGCUGGAUGACCCGCACUCAUCUACAACCCAGCAACAGUUGGAACAGAUGCAUAGUGGACAGCGACUGACAGAUCCUAGUCUAGAUGAACACAUCGCAUAUCUUUACUCACUAG